UGUCAACACUUGAGUGAUUCGGCUCAAUAAGUUGGUUUUGCAAGAUGCUUCGGCUGCUUUCAUUUGUAGCCUGAGAACGCAGUGAUGCCAAAGGCAGAUUUAUGUACGUAGGUUGGCAGAAAAAAGGCCUACAACUCUCAGCAUGGCUGGCUAGGGCUUGCUAGAAAGCGUAGAUUUCUCCUGUCUAAACAUGCGGCUUUGUGUUCUAGUAACGCCGAGACGUAUUUCUGAAUAAGCUUGCCUAAUCUAUAUAGCAAUGUCCCAGUAGUUGCUUACCUGUAAUAGAUGAGGUGCAUAGGAUGUUCUUGACCUGCCUUUAGAUGCACGUAGGCUUGCUGAAAUCAAAAAGCUGGGUAAGGUGCAGCUGCUUCUGCAGAGGGGUGUGUGGGAAGGUUACAGUCCUGAGCAUGCUUACCUGAGGAUGAAUUCCACUGAAUAAAAUAGGAGUAAACACUUAUUUUUGAGCCAACAUACAGGGGAUUGGGCUGCCUUUGGUUUUCCAGCGGUGUAACAGUGCUGAUUUUCACCUUGUGCAGCCAUCAGUGCAGCUGCAUUUAGGUAUAGCAGAAUUUUAGAAAGUCUUGUGCUGCAUGAUGCUCUUGGCAAUGGUUUAAGAGAAACAGAGAUGGGACAGUGGUUCGCAUCAUCUUCAAAAUGUCAGGUCCAUACUUUACAUUUUGUGCAAAGCUGAGCUGAAAACUCAAAAUAGAGACCCACAGGAAGGUCACUGUGCACUCGUGACAUGUCCCUGAUCAUCCUCUUAGCUCACAACUUUCGAAAUCUGAAAGACACUGUUCUUUUGGCAGCUUCAUCUCAAAGGCAAUUUCUUCAUGUAUCGGAGAGAGCCCAACGUGACUCUGUGGCCAUAAACAUGUAAUUUUAAGGUCUUCCUGUAGCUUGCUAGGAUCAGUUUUCUAUUUCCUGUGGUUAAAUUUAAUCAUGGAUCUUCCUGGUAUUAUACUGGUCUGCAAAUUUUGGGAAAUUAUCGACUUUUGAGAUAAAAUGUGCUAAUUCUUACAUAUACGGAUUAGAAAACAGAUUCCUUCGCACUGCUUUUAUUAUGCUGCGCUAAAUGUGUAGUGGUUCCAGUAUUGUGACAUAGCCUGGUGGGAGUGGUUUUGGCCUGCAGAGUUAGGUGAGCAAUGUUUCUUCCUGCCCUCACAUUUUGCUUUUGUCCGGAGGAGGAAUGGUUUUGUUUUCUGACAUGGUCGAGUGUGGAGAAGCAAAGAAACAAAAAGCAAAACAAGCAUGACUGCUGUCAGCUGCAGGGAGUUGCCAGGAGUUGUCCUCUGUCUAAGCAUUUGUAGACUUCUCAUUUUUCCCUCUCUUUUUGAGGAUCUGGGCCAUCUCAGUAUGGAGGGAGCUAACAAGCCCUGCAGUGUUUGCUGGCCAUGCCUUCUUUGCAGUCCCACAACCAGGAGAACAAGUAGCUGUCUUUUCAGAAGUGGAGGGUAGUCAGCAGUCUUCCUCUACAGUUUUCCAUCUCCCUGUAAUAAAUAUCCCCUCCCUUCCGUCCUUCCUUCCUUCCUGGGGGAAUGUAUCAAGGAAUUAAAUCAGUACUGUCUUCGCCCUUCCCCAAGGCUCCUUCCAUCUUCCCAAAGGCUCCUUGAAAGUUUGGAAGGAGUUUAAGACUUCCAUGUUAUACCUCCUUUUCAUUCAUCUCCUUGCCCUAAACCUUUCUAGGUAACAAUACAGUAGAGCCAUCCUGGAUCACAGCAACCAUCUGUCUAGCCAAGGAUUCUGUUCAAACGGGUCAGCCAGCUGCUCAAAGGAUUCUACAAGCAUGACUGGAGUGCAUGUUCCCAGUAACUGGUGUAUGUAGGCAUACUGCUCCUGAUCCUAGAAACAGCCUGCUGCCAUCAAGGCUAGUAGCCAUUGGUAGCCUUCUCCUCUAUGAAUUCGUGCCGCCUGCUUUUGAAGCCAUGUAAAUUGGUGGCCAUCACUAGUGAUUUCUAUCAUUUAACUCCAAAGUAUUCCCUUUACCUGCCCUUAAUCAUCUUCAUGAAGUUAUCCCAGGUUCUAAUAAUAUCAGAAAUAAGAAUGUCUCUUUAUUCACUGUCUCUACACCAUGCAUAAUUUUUGUACAGUUCUGUCAUGUUUCCCUCUACUCACCUUUUUUAAACAGUUAAACUUUACUCAAAAGUAAACCACUUUGACUUCAUUGGACUUAAUUCUGGAUAAGUCUGGUUGGAGUGCCUCAAACAAGUAAGGACAUUACAAUAGGGGCAAUAGUGGAGAUGCGUGCUCUAGUUUUUGUGUUGAUUUGUAGAAGGGGUUUGAAAAUGCUUUUUGGUGGAAGGGGAAGUUGAAAAAGGGGAGGGGAGAAACUCUUAGAUUAAUAGCCAUUUCCAAGAAUCUGCAGAGGAGGUCAAGGCACAAAAGCAGAAUAGUUCUGAAGUGCUAGCUGAUAUGUCAAAGAAAAAAGCUCCAGCAGCAGUAGAACAUAUAUUUAUGUCUCCCCAGACCAGGGGACAUAGGGAGAGAAGAUGUUUUAAAACUGAACAGAGGUAAUCCAUACAGACUACGAUCCCAGUGUUUGAUCCUAAAAGCCAAGAAAUGAAGCAAUUACCACCAGAUACUGUUCGACUUCUUUCAAGUUCACAGGUGAUCACAUCAGUUGUCAGUGUGGUUAAAGAACUGAUAGAGAAUUCUUUGGAUGCCAAUGCGACCAGUGUUGAUGUUAAGUUGGAAGGCUACGGUUUUGAUAAGAUUGAGGUGCGAGACAACGGUGAUGGAAUCAAGGCAGCUGAUGUUCCUGUCAUGGCAAUGAAACACUACACGUCAAAAAUAAGCUCUUCUGAAGACCUUGAAAAUUUGACAAUGUAUGGUUUUCGUGGUGAAGCUUUGGGAUCAAUCUGUAGUACAUCGGAGGUUCUGAUUACAACAAAGACAGCGGCUGAUGAUUUUAGCACCCAGUACAGUUUGGAUAAAAGUGGUCAUGUAAUUUCUCAAAAGCCAUCUCAUCUUGGACAAGGUACAACUGUAACGGUACUGAAGCUGUUCAAGAAUCUGCCUGUAAGAAAACAGUUUUAUUCAACGGAUAAAAAAUGUAAGGAAGAAAUUAAAAAAAUCCAGAAACUUCUGAUGGCAUAUGGUAUUAUAAAACCAGAACUGAGGAUAAUAUUUAUACAUAACAAGACAGUAAUAUGGCAAAAGACCAGGGUAUCAGAUCACAAAAUGGCUUUCAUGGCAGUUGUGGGAACUGCUGUUAUGGGCAGCAUGGUGCCAUUUCAACGCUGUGGUCAAGAUCCUGAGGUACUUAUCAGUGGCUUCCUUCCAAAGCCUGAUUCAGAUGGUUGUUUGACAAGUCAUUCAAAUUCAGAGAGAAGCUUCAUCUUUGUUAACUAUCGACCAGUAUAUCAAAAGGAAAUUCUGAAGCUGGCUCAACGGUACUAUAAUCACAAGUUGCACAGGGAUGCUAAUCGUUUGUAUCCUGUUUUGUUCAUCAAUAUUACUGUUCCUCCAUUUGCUUUGGAUGUUAACGUGACACCAGAUAAAUCUCAAGUAUUGCUGCAUAAUAAGGAGUCUAUAUGUCUUGCUAUUGAAGACAUCUUGACAUCAGUGUAUGGACCUCUAACUGAGGCUACAUCUUGUGAAACUGACAUUACAGAUGCUAUCUUGGAAGACAUCUUUGCUAAUGGAAUGGAACAAAUGAUUAGUCCUAUUAAUGAAAUGGAAUCCUGUAGUGACAUAAAUCCUCACACAUGUAUGCCAUUGGCUUCACUCAAUAAAGAUGUUCAAAAUGGUGAAACAGAAAAAAAUGCAGACAUCAGUUUGAAGAACCAAACACUGUGUCAUAAUUCCUCUGGUGAUCUUCCUGGCGAAAUAGAAAUCUCUAGCAAUGAGAUGGUUGGGUAUGAUAGAUUUCAAGAUGGCACACUAAAUAAUUUUCUAUCUCAGGACGAACAGAGUAUGUCUAAGGAAGUAUUUAACCUUGACAGCAGAACCUUCAUAAACCCUUAUUCUAAAAAUAGCAUCAAGGGAGAUUUGAGAAAUGACAGUUUUCAAGAAGCAGAAAAAAGAGAAGGAGCCAUAAUCCCAAAAGAUUCUUCAGAAGUCACUGCUGAUAAAUGGAGUAUGGGAAAUGCGUUUAAAAAUUCCAGAGAAGAGAACCUGGAGCCUAUUCAGAUAUUGAUUCCUGGAAUGAAAGAAGCAAGACCCCAAAAGAAAAAUGAUGUAGAUAACCAACAGAAACUUCAAGAGGAAAAUAAUCAAAGUAUUAAAGCAUCAAAUGUAGUAAACAAUAAAGUGGGACAAAUUACGGCCUAUGAUUUAAUUAGAAAUCAGACAAUAAGGAAACCUAUGUCAGCAUUUGCCCUUUUUACUCAAGACCAUCGUCUUGGAUUGUUGACUGAAAAUAUCAAAAUAAGUACAGAAGAACUAAUGCUAAAACUAGAAGAAAUGUGGAAAAUGCUGAGUGAAGAGGCAAAAAAGAAGUAUGAAGAGAAAGCUGAGAGAGAUCUGGAGCGGUACAACAGGCAAAGCGAAGACGCUAUGAUUCAGAGUUUGCAGAAAUCAACCAAAGGAAAAGAAAGAAGACACAAGGUCAGACUGAAAGAUUCUCUAUCUCAACAGGAAAAACUUGAUAAACUUUUUCAUUCUCAAGCAGAAAAGAAACACAAUAAUCGCCAAGCAAUAAAAAUUGUACAUGUCCCCUUCUCAAUGGAUACAUUGAAACAUAAACUUGAUUUCCUUGAACAAAAAGAGUCAGACAAAGAUGAACGUUGCCUGCUUCAACUUCUGAAUUUUCCUGAAGCAUGGAUAAUUGCUUCUGAGAAAGAGGUUACGGUGUUGAAUCCAUAUCGGGUAGAAGAAGCCCUGCUAUUUAAAAGACUUCUUGAAAAUCAUAAACUGCCAACAGAGCAACUGGACAAACCAAUUGCACUAACUGACAGUCUUUUUAGUGGCUGUCAUUACAUGGAAGUUCUUUGCAAUAUGACCAAAGACAGUGUAAGAUUUGAUGGAUCGUGCUAUUUGUUGGAUUCGAGACUUGUAGCAAAUGGAUUUAAGAUAAAGAUGAUUCCAGGUGCUUCAGCUACAGAACAUCAAUUGGAAAUAGAAGGGAUGACCAAAUGUGUACCGUACUAUGGUGUAUCUGAUUUGAAAGAAAUAUUGAAUGCUGUGAUAAAUAAUAAUGCAAAGGAAGUCUAUGAGUGUAGACCUCUUAAAGUGGUGAACUACUUGGAGGGAGAAGCAGUGCGACUUUCCCGGCAGCUACCUUUGUAUUUAUCAAAGGAAGAUGUGCAGGACACCAUAUGCAGAAUGGAGAAGCAACUGGGAAAUCAACAUAAAGGCUGUGUUCAUGGUCGUCCAUUUAUUCAUUAUUUAACUGAUAUUCCACAGAAGAACUAGAAAGGAAAUAUUUUGUUCAAAAUCAUAUUUCAUACUUUUAUACAUGUUAUUAUGUAUCUGAUAUUUUAUAAAAUAUACAGACUGAAAUGGUAUUAUUUUUUGCUUAUGAAAAUAUAAUGCUGAAAAUUAUCCAUGUUCAUUUUCAAGUGGAAGAAUACUUAAAAUCACAGUAGUUGGAAACUGAUCCUAACAUACAGGAAUUUUAUAACCCUCUUUACAAGUCUUUAGUCCAUAAAGCAAAGCAUGCAGUGCAUUUAUUAUCACCAGAAAAACAUAAGAUGGGAGUAUGAUAUUUAGUAAUUAAAACAGAAAAGAAUUAGGAGCAAAAACUUUCAGUUCUAAACAAAGACUCUACCCAAUCAAGUUUAUUUCUAUAUGAUGUUACUUUCUGCAAAAAGAAUGCAGAAAUGCAUCUAAGUAGAAUUGUACAUUAAGAUACGCUUUUGAUAUAACGUGUAUUCUAAGUGUUCUUGAUAGAAUUGUCUUGUUGGGUUGGAAACAUAGCUAAGAUGCAGAAGUUGCACAUUAAAAUAUGAAAUCUGAUGUGUCUUUCCACUGGUGAUGUCUUGUAAACCUGAUAUAUAAAUGGUUGUAUUGGCAUUUCAGAGUUCACUGGAUCCUUGUCUAAUAUUUUCAAAUGAUAAUAAAUUAACAAUAAACAGCUGUUUAAAGCACCCAUUAAAUACA